GUAAUCCAGCGUCCCGUGGGAGCAGGGUUAUCCUUGGAAAAAAGUCUUCCGAGUUGACUUUUCUUCCCCUCCUUUAACUUUUCAGUGUGCGUAAAAUGUCCGGAUUACAGGAUCUAUCUGCACUCCCUUCUGAUGACCGGAAGCUUUCUGUGAGUAAAGAAGAUCCUCCUGAGCAUCUGGAGUGGAGCUCCAGCCUGGAUCAGGACACCAAGCCCUCUCACCUGAAACAGGAACAGGAGAAGCAGGUGGUCGGGGAGGACAGAGAGCAGCUUCAAGGACAGGCGGAGGCUGAUGUCAGGUUCCUGUUCCCUCCUGUUCCUUUGAAGACCGAAGAUGAUGACGAGAAACCUCAGUCUUUGCAGCUUCAUGGACUAAAAAUUGAACAGAUGGAAACAGGAGCUGAUGGAGAGGAAUGUGAAAAAUCAGAGGGGGCAUGGGGCUCAGAUCUAGAGAAACAUCCAGAGAUUGAGGUCAUGAUUGAAGAAUCUUCUGAACCUGAGGCUGAAGACUGUAACAAUGUGAAGUGCUGCCCUGAAUGUGGCAAGGGAUUCAGAUAUCCAAGUCAUCUGACAGGUCACAUGAGAAUUCACACAGGAGAGAAACCCUUCAGCUGCCCUGAAUGUGGCAAAAGUUUUAGAGAUAACAGCAAUCUAACUGCCCACUUGAGAACUCACACAGGAGAGAAACCCUUUGGCUGCCCUGAGUGUGGCAAAAGUUACAGCCAUAAAAGUAAUCUGACAGAUCAUUUGAAGACUCACACAGGAGAGAAAAACUUUGGCUGCCCUGAGUGUGGUAAAAAAUUUCAAUUUAAACGUACUCUGAAAGUUCACUUGAGAACUCACACAGGUGACAAGCCUUUCAGUUGCUCUGUGUGUGGAAAAGGAUUUACCCGCAAGGAAAACAUGACCCAGCAUAUGUUCAUACACACAGGUGAUACACCUUUCAGUUGCUCUGUGUGUGGUAAAGAUUUCAAUUUUAAAGGACAUCUGAGGCAACAUGAGAGAAUCCACAUGGUAGGGAAACCCUUCAGCUGCUCUGAGUGUGGUAAAGCUUUUAGUCGUCAAAAAUAUCUUACCCAUCAUAUGCGUGUUCAUACAGGAGAGAAACCCUUUAGUUGCUCUGAGUGCACCAAAACUUUUAGGAAUAAAGAAAAUUUGAAUAAACACAAGAGAGUUCAUACAGGAGAAAAACCCUUAAGCUGCAGUUUUUGUGAGCAAAGAUUUACAUGGCACUGUCAGUUAAGGAGACACAAGUGUGGUAGUGAUCAUGCUUCAGAGCUUUUGAAAAAACAAACAAAACUCAAAGGAGAGACUGAGAUGGGGGCUGACGUACAUGAUUGUGGCAGAUCAAAGAAAGCCAGGAACUCUGAUCCAGAGGGACAUUUACAACCAGAGAUUGAGGUCAUCAUUGAGGACUUUUCUGGACCUGAAACAGAAGGUUUUUAUGAUGAUUCUGAGUGAAACAAAAACCACGUGCAAUUUUUUUCCAGUGAGUUAUUGGCAAAUUCCAGUCAGAGUCAGGAUGACAUAACAUGAUGCACAAACCAGUAUGAAGUGCAUAUCUGUUUUAUGUUCUUUGAUCAGAGUAGUAAAUUAACUGAUUUGUUUAACUUCCAGCCUUGUAGCAAUCAUCAUAAAAGUGUUGGCCAAAGAAUUAUGAAAAAAAAAUAUCUGAGAUUAUUUUGACUCGUAUUGUAGUUACAAUGUGAAUUGCUGUAUAGAGGAGAAUGAGGAUAUUUAUGUCAUUCUCAUUUUGACUAAGGCAAAAAUACAAAAAAAGGAAAGUAUGAUUUUUGUCAAGUAUUCUGGAAAAAAAUGAUGCUUCAAUGUUUGUAUGAUGUGUACAGCAUAAACA